CUUCCGCUCAAACGAGGGUCCGCUUCCUGCCAGAGCUCCUGGUGAGGCGAGAUCCGGGGCGUCCCGGGCCCUUCGUGAGCGCUCGCGCGCCCGCUGUCUCCCCUCGGGGACCGAGGCCGCGGCCCGGGCAGAAGCGGGCGGCGGGGGCCGGGUCCUCUGUCGCUGGGCUCUGCCUGGGGCGGCGCUGCCCGGGUGCCCUGGACUGUCUCAGCUGCUGCCGGAGCCCCCGGGAGAGUCCAGCUUCCCACGGAGCCCGGCGGAGGAGCUGGAGGACCGAGGCCGGUGCGCUGAAGCCCUCAGUGGUGUGCAGCUGCGCUUUUAAAUAUGAUUUUCCAUGAGUCUGUUUAUUUACUUCCUUCCUUAGCGAGGGAGCGUGCCACAGCUUGUGCGUGGAGGAGAGCCCUGCCUUGUCUCAAAGAGAAGAGAACCAUGAUGAAGUUACAGGAGGCCGUGACAUUCAGGGAUGUGGCCGUGGUCUUCAGUGAGGAGGAGAUAGGUCUGCUGGAUGCUGCCCAGAGGAAGCUGUACCAUGACGUGAUGCUGGAGAACUUCAGGAACCUUCUGUCAGUGGGAUGUCAGAGUCCAAACAAGAUGGAGAAUCUUGAUGCAACAAGUUUAAAGUACCUUUCACUGGUACAACCUCCAUGCUGGCCAGUGAUAAGCUAUGAUGUCAACAAACUUGCCAGAACUCCAGAACCUGUAAUAAACACUCAAGAAAAGGAUUCUCACUUCCUGGAGCAAUGCCACUUCUCCUGCCAUUGGGGAGUACAAGAGCCCUCCUGGGCCUCCAAGGAUGAUGGCUGUCUUCAGGGUCUCACAAAUGACCAUACUAGCAUUACUGAAAAUCACAAAUUUCUGUCUGGGAGAGCUCAGAGUUCUUGGAUUAAAACAUAUCUUAAAAAGAGGCAGAACCAUUGGAAACACUAUCCACAGACUCUGGUGAAAAACAAUCAAUGGCUGUUGGCUCUGGGUGUUGACCUUCUGGGUUGCAUUUCCCACCUUGAUAACAAUAUACUGCAUCAAAGAGACAAAGCCCACAGGAGCAAUGACUGUGAUAAAGUCAUCUGUCCCGAGUCACCCCUCACCCAGCACAGUGUUUACACAGAAGGGAAGACCUACCAGUGCAGCAAGGGCCAAAAAGCCACCAUUGAUAGCCCUGGUUUAGAACUCCAUCAGCAGGUCUUGUUGGGAAAGAAGUUUUCUGUACGUGGUACACUUGAGGACACCAGGCAUAGCUCCAGUGUCCCCAAUGAACAAAAUGUUCAUCCAGGAAAAAAGCGCUUCCAGUGUCUAGAGUGUGGCAAGGAUUUCAGUAAGAGCACGAACCUUCAGAUUCACCAGAGAGUGCACAUGGGGAAGAAGCCCUACCGGUGCAACAGCUGUGGGAAAGCCUUCAGCCGCAGCUCAGCUCUCAACAUCCACUGCCGAGUGCACACUGGAGAGAAACCUUACAAGUGUGAGGUGUGUGGGAAGGGCUUCACACAGUGGUCACACCUCCCAUUCCACAAGAAAAUUCACACAGGAGAGAAGCCCUACCAGUGCGACAGCUGUGGGAAAGGGUUCAGGAGCAGUUUGGAUCUCAAGAUCCACUGCAGAGUGCACACUGGAGAGAAACCUUACAAGUGUGAGGAGUGUGGGAAGGGCUUCACACAGUGGGCACACCUCCAGAUCCACAGCAGAAUACAUACAGGUGAGAAGCCAUUUAAGUGUGGAGACUGUGGCAAAUGCUUCAAUUACAGCUCAAGCCUUCAUAAGCACCAGAGAUCCCAUCUUGAGAAGAAACCAUAUGAGUGCAAUGUAUGUGGGAAGGGCUUCUGCUCAAAUUCCAGCCUUCGAUGCCAUCAGCGGGUCCAUGUAGGAGAGAAGCCAUAUAAAUGUGAAGUGUGCGGGAAAGGUUUCAGUUCAGGUUCACACUUCCGAAGCCAUAAGCGCGACCAUACAAGAGAGGAACCAUUUCGCUGCAGUGUGUGUGGGAACACCUUCAGUUGGAGAUCAACUUUUAAAGCCCACCAGAGAGUUCACAUGGGAGAAAAGCCAUGUAGAUGUGAUGUGUGUGGGACGCACUUCACCUCAAGCUUGAGCCUUCAGAGUCACCUGAGUGUCCACAUGGGAAAGAAACCCUAUGAAUGUGAGGAGUGUGGGAAGGGCUUCAUGCAGUGGGCGUACCUACAAAUUCACAAGAGAAAUCACACAGGAGGGAAGCCAUAUAAGUGUGGAGACUGUGGCAGAUGCUUCAAUCAUAGCUCAAACCUUAACAGGCACCUGAGAGUCCACCCUGGGAAGAAACAAUAUGAGUGCAAUGAAUGUGGAAAGGGCUUUCGCUCAAAUUUCAGCUUUCAAAGACAUCAGCGGGUCCACAAAGGAGAGAAGCCAUAUAAAUGUGAAGAGUGUGGGAAGGGUUUUAGUGCAGGCUCACAAUUCCGAAGCCAUCGGCAGGUCCAUACAGGAGAGAAACCAUUUUGCUGCAGUGUGUGUGGGAAGGCCUUCAGUUGGAGAUCAACUUUUAAAGCCCACCAGAGAAUUCACACCAGAGAAAAACCAUGCAGGUGUGAUGUGUGUGGGAAGCACUUCACCGCAAGCUUGAGCCUCCAGAGUCACCUGAGUGUUCACACGGGAGAGAAACCCUAUGAAUGUGAGGAUUGUGGGAAAGGCUUCAGUCAUGCCUCGCACCUCCAGGCCCACCAGAGGGUACACACGGGAGAGAAGCCCUACAAAUGUGACACAUGUGGGAAAGCCUUCACCCAGAGGUCCUAUCUCCAAAUCCAUCAGAUAAUUCACACUGGGGAGAAACCUUUCAAGUGUGAGGAGUGUGGGGAGGAAUUCAGAUGGAACACUACACUUAUUGCUCACAGAAGGGUCCACACAGGACAGAAACCCUUCACAUGUCAGCAGUGUGGAAAGGGCUUCAGUCGGGUCUCAUACUUACACAAGCACCAGAGGGUCCAUACUGGGGAGUAGCCCUAAAUUUGCAAAAUCUGCUCUAAGGACUUCAGCGGUCACAUCUUGUCUAUGGCCAGAGGGUCCACACUGCAGGAUUCUCUCGGUUUGUUCUUCUCUCAGCUGGGCUCCAUGCUGCUGAUUGUUGAAAGCUCCCCCUAAAACCACAGAAUUCGGAAGCCUUUGCAGGGGACUGUAUUUUGGUUUUUGCCCUGAUUUCAUUCUCCUACUGGGCUCAUUAUGCAAAGGGAAUAUAGUAUUUUAUAAUGGAUCUUCUUAGCAUACAAAGUAAAAAAUUUAAAACGUAUCUAGAGAAAGUUUCUGAUUUGAUUCUAAAAGGAAGAAAUGCCAGGUGUCAGGAACAGACUCAACAGAAAUUGUAGUGCUUCAUACUAACGCUGAGAUUAUAUCAUCUUGGUUAAUCAAUGUGUUGAGGCUUGCUCACUGUAGCAUAGCUGAAGCCAUUUCAUAUUCAGUAUCCAUUUUUGUUCAUAAGGUGAAAUUAAGUUAAAGUUUAACUUCUUCGAAGUAGUUAUUCAUAGCUGAUGCUACCAAACCCUGCCAUAGAGUCAAGUUAACCUAUUUUACUAUGACUCCGUGGUGUCAUCAGUCAUGCUCUGUUAUCUCCACACUUGGCUACACUCUUUAUUUGGUUACACUGUAUGCUGGCUCUGCCCUUGCUUGUAUUCUGGAAUACCUUAACCACCACCUCACUUAUGUCACUUGGGACCAGUCAGCUUAAAGGUUAUUUGAUAAUACUUUGUCUAGUUGGCCAAAAUGUAUUGCAAUGUAUCAUUGUCCUCCUCUUGUCUUUUGCACUUGGUUUUCCUGUAAAUACACUUCCCUAAGAACAGUUCAGUGUCACAUUUUAGCUCCCGAGUCCACUCAGUGUCUCUCAUCACAGUCUUGUGUGUGUUCAAUAAACCAUAUCUGACCAAAACCA